AUGUUACCUGAAUUCGGUGAAAGUGAUGCGGAAAGAUACGAAAAACUAGAAAAAAUAGGGAGUGGAACCUAUGGAGUUGUGUAUAAAGCAUUGGAUAAAUUAAAUGGAUAAAUUGUAGCUGUUAAAAAAAUGACCUAAGAAUUAGAACAGGAAGGUGUGCCUUCAACUGCGAUUAGAGAGAUCAGUUUACUCAGAGAGCUCAACAAUCCACAUAUCGUUUAAUUAAGGGACGUAGUUAUUAGAAAUAAGAAACUUUAACUAGUCUUUGAAUAUAUGGAAAGAGACCUCAAGGCACUUUUGGACAGUUCUCCAAAAGAUCAAUCUCUCGAUAAAAUUACCAUUAAAAAAAUAAUCCAUCAAAUAUUGAAGGGUAUUCAAGCCUGUCAUCAGAGGCGUAUUUUGCACAGAGAUCUCAAGCCCCAAAAUAUUUUAAUUGACAAACAAGGCAAUACAAAAAUAGCAGAUUUUGGUUUGGCUAGACCUUUCCAAGUACCUAUCAGACCAUAUACUCACGAAGUAGUAACUCUAUGGUACAGAGCCCCUGAAGUAUUAUUGGGAGCUGUUGAAUAUAGUACUCCAGUGGAUAUUUGGUCAGUGGGAUGCAUCUUUUAUGAAUUAAUUACUAAAAAAGCACUCUUCACAGGAGAUUCUGAAAUUGAUCAAUUAUUUAGAAUUUUUAGGAUUCUAGGCACUCCAAAUGAAAAUACAUGGCCAGGUGUCACUAAUUUGAAGGAUUACAAAACCACCUUUCCUAAUUGGAGUCCUCAAGGGUUUAAACAAUUGUUAAAUAGAGAUGUUGACCAAUUAGCAAUUGAUUUGUUGACAAGAAUGCUUAAAUUGGAUCCGACUCAAAGAAUCAGUGCUAAAUAAGCGCUUAAUCAUUAAUACUUUUAAGAAUUUUAAGUCAAACCAAUUCCCAAGAAAUCAGAUUAUUAAUCCUUAAUUAAAUUUCCAUGAAUUUAUUAUAUCAUAUAAUUUU